AUGGUUUCUUCUGGAAUUAAUCUCUCUCCACCACCACCACCACCACGCGCCACCACCUAUUACUCCCCUUUCCUUUUCUUCUUUCUCUUUUUUUCUCCCACUCUCUUCUUCCGUCUAGCUCUUUCUUUUUCAUUUUUCUCUUCUCACUCUCUCUUUGCUCUUCCUCUUUGUUCUACUAUUGUCUCCUACCACCACCUCCUCCUUUUCCUUGCCUCUUUCUCUCUCCAAUUCUCUACUGUCGUUGCCUUCUCCUUUUUUAACAACCCUCUCUCUCUCUCUUCACUUGUCCCCUACCGUCACCUCGCCCUUUUUCUACCACCUCUCUCUCUCUCUCUCUCUCUCUCUCUCUCACUCUUUCUGCCAUUUUUUCUCUUUUUUUCUUUCUGCUCCUUCUCUUCUUUACUCUUUUUCUACCUCUCUCUUCUCCUUCUUCCUUUUUUCUCCUCUCUGUUUUUCUCCUAUUCUUUUUCUUCUUCCUCUAUUUGUUCUCUCCUCCUCCUCCUCCUCUUCUCUUUUCAUCUUUACAACAUACUUCCUCUUCAUCUUUUUCUUUUCCUCCUUUCAUUCUACUCCUCCUUAUCCUCUUCAUCUUCUUUUAUUGUAUUCGUUUUCUUUUCUUUUCUUUUGCUUUUCUCCUGA